AUGCAGCAGCCGCCGCCACAGCCAGCGCCGCGCGCCGGCGCCGGCUCCGACGCAGACGUGGACCCCGGACCCGGGCCCGGCCCGGCGGUCGACCCGCCGCUGCCCGACGACGACGACGGCUGCAGCCCCGAGGAGCGGGCCAUCUUCGCCGAGAACGUGCAGCGCCUCGCGCUCAGUCUGCAGGGCGCCGUGGUGACGGCUCUGCAGCAGGCGGCGGCCGCGCCCAACCAAGCGGCUGCGGCGGCGCUCAACCUGCAUGCCAUCGAGUCCUACCUGGCGCUGCAGAGCCUCACGCAGAUCGUCGCCUCCAACACGAAGCAGUCCGUCCCGGCGCCGUCGCCUUCGCUGUCAUCUGGCACCUCCCACAGCCACCACGCGCACCAGCACCAACACCACCGGCCCAAGAAGCAGUUCAUCUGCAAGUUUUGCUCGCGGCACUUCACCAAGUCGUACAACCUUCUCAUCCACGAGCGCACGCACACCGACGAGCGGCCCUACUCGUGUGAUAUCUGCGGGAAGGCGUUCCGGAGACAGGACCACCUCAGGGACCACAGGUACAUCCACAGCAAGGAGAAGCCGUUCAAGUGCGGGGAGUGCGGCAAGGGCUUCUGCCAGUCGCGCACGCUGGCGGUGCACAAGAUCCUGCACAUGGAGGAGUCGCCGCACAAGUGCCCCGUGUGCGCGCGCAGCUUCAACCAGCGCUCCAACCUCAAGACGCACCUGCUGACGCACACGGACAUCAAGCCGUACAACUGCUCGGCCUGCGGCAAGGUGUUCCGCCGCAACUGCGACCUGCGCCGGCACAGCCUCACGCACAACCUGGGCGCCGCGGCGGCCACCGUCGCCCCCACGCCGUCGUCGUCGUCGUCGUCGUCGUCGCCGUCGGCAGCCUCCGUGGCCGGCAGCAGCGGCGCCAGCACCUCCUCCGCGCUUCCGCUGCCUCUGGCGCUGGCCGCGGCCGGCGGCUUCGUGCUCGAGGCCGCCGCCGCCACGCAGUGAUGACGUCACGCGUCCUCGCACCGCCUCACACUACACGCUGUUACCCCCGAGGGUCGCUGCUCAAUACUGAAGAAUAUAUAAUAAAUGUUCCUUUGUUUCGUAUGUUAGUUUGGUGAAGUGCAUCCUCUGCCACUACUAUUAAACUCUAAUGGUGUCUGACCUCUCCACACCAUAGUGGGAACAAUUGCGCUCGCAGCGAACACAGCGUCAUUUCUCUGGUCAUAGCUACAAAAGCACUCUAACUUACUUCGUGUACAUAUGAAAUAGUUUCAGACCAGUUAUCUGUCGGUAAACUGUAAGAUGUUCAAAGUCCAUUGACUAACUACACGCCGAAGUCGUGGCGGUAGUCUCUUUCAAACGUCGUGGUGUAAGAAAUUUCCUAUCUUUACUAAUGCUCAUCCCACCCUACCGCUAUUUCCGUGAUUUUGGAAAUUUAUUUUUGUGGUCAGAUGCCUGCUUUUCCUCAGUUAACCCGAAGCAAAGAAGAUGAAAACGGCUUCGUUCUGUGAUUCGUGUAAACUUCAGUUCUGCGUAUUAUAGGGGAACACGAAGCAGAACGGGAUACUUAAUGAUCACAAGGAAACACUUCUUCAAGUGAUAAAAAAACACCUUGCAGUGUAACCAUAUGUACCUUAUUUUAAAAUCACUUAAAACAAUACAUUUUGCAUUUUUU